AAUCUAGAGGUACAAUUCACUCUCUGGCUGCCGUUCAUUCCCAAUGUGACCUUCAUAGAGAGAUUUUCAAUAGGAGUAUAUAGUAAAUAAGAAAUCCUUGUUAUUAUAAAAAUAAAAAUACAAAAUAACUUUCCUCCAACAUGGAGGAAAUUCUUCUUAGCGUGAUAAACACAGGAAUCGACGCACUUUUGCACGAAUAUUGUCAGACGACUAAGUUUAUACGAUCAGAAGCUAGGUGGAGGAAGUCUGGGAAAGCUGCUAAUUACAGCGGAAAUUCCCAUAAACCGGAUAGAUUAGUUGAAGGGAAAACCCAGGGAUUUGUGGACAAGGAAAAUCCAGUACUUCAAGGAUCAUCAAAUCUUCGCAUCGAGCAAGUGACCGCGGAGUAUAGAUUCUUUGAAUUUUGGUUCCUCUGCCUGUCAAGAACUGAAAGAUUCAACGAAGUUUUUGAUGCGGCCUCGAGGACAUUUAGAAAUUUUGCAAAAACUAACAAAUCAAGAAUAUUUUCACACGCCGAGUUGUCCCAAUGCUUUGCUGGGAUUGGAAAUUACACCGAGGUAACAAAAUUUGCGAUGUGCUUGCUGACCAAGGCCGUAGUCCUAAAGGAUGAGGGCAGACAAAGUGUGUCAUUGGAAUCGGUCGCGAAAUUGCUGAAUUUAGCUGUCAAGGUGGUGAACGUUAGGAAGGAGCAGUAUGCACGGGCGAAGAAAUUGAAGACUGAGAAUGAACAGCAUCAGUUUCAGAUCAGGAAUUGGGGCAGUAUUGUCGCAUAUUUGGGUAUGUUGUUGCAAAUGAUGACUCGUUUGGAUGAAUGAUUUAGUGAGACUUCAACAGUUUAAAUAUGAUUUACUUAAAUUUGCAUUCUGAUGAUUUCCAAUUACUUGUUGCAUGAAAUAAAUUUAUAUAUAUUCGUGUCACCAAAUUAGUAAGUCUAAAUUAAUAACUAAAUCUUGAUUUAUUUAUAUGACCUGAUAAUAAAUAAGUUCAAUUCAUAAUAAU